AUGGAAUUGCCCGAGGGAUACAACUUCAGAAGAGUGAAAGUGACAGAUCACAAUGAAUAUUUAGAUGUGUUGCGAGUUCUCACAACUGUUGGAGAAAUCAAUGAAGCUCAAUUCAAAGAACUAGUGGAUCAUUGGAAUAGUGUUGAAGGCAUAUACUACCCACAAGUGAUUACCGACACACAAGGCAAAGUUGUGGCCACCGGAUGUCUUGUUGUUGAGCGGAAGGCUAUCCACCAAUGUGGGAAGGUUGGCCAUAUUGAAGACAUUGCUGUGUGUAAACUGCAACAGGGGAAAGGACUUGGAUUGGUAUUGAUUCAAGGAUUGACUGCUAUUGCUGAGAAGGAAGGAUGCUACAAAGUGAUAUUGGAUUGUUCUGAUCAUAAUGUUGGGUUCUAUAAUAAAUGUGGAUAUACUCAUAGUGGAUGUGAAAUGGUAAAGCGUUUUGAUUGA